UGUCAGCUGCGCCGGAAGUUCCUGGCCUGGCCUGGUGGUAACCUUGGGAGUCUAAGCCGGUGGUCUGCCGCCGCCGCUGGGUGGGCUGUGGGAGUCGGAGCUUCAGUCGGGGCCAGGCCUGUUAGGUGCCAGGAGCCGCCGGGGUUGCGCGGGAGUUCGCUGAGGAUCGCGGGGAGCAGGAACUGCGGGCGCAGGGCCGCCCAGCCGACAUGUCUCUAGUUGCGGAAGCCUUAGUCUCCCAGAUCGCAGCUGCAGAACCUUGGCCUGAAAAUGCUACAUUGUAUCAGCAACUGAAAGGGGAGCAAAUUUUGCUUUCUGACAAUGCAGCUUCUCUUGCUGUGCAGGCCUUUUUGCAAAUGUGUAACCUGCCUAUCAAAGUGGUCUGCAGGGCAAAUGCUGAAUAUAUGUCUCCAUCUGGUAAAGUACCUUUUAUUCAUGUAGGAAAUCAAGUAGUAUCAGAACUUGGUCCAAUAGUCCAAUUCGUUAAAGCCAAGGGCCAUUCUCUUAGUGAUGGGCUGGAUGAAGUUCAAAAAGCAGAAAUGAAAGCCUACAUGGAAUUAGUCAACAAUAUGCUGUUGACUGCAGAGCUGUAUCUUCAGUGGUGUGAUGAUGCUACUGUAGGAGAGAUCACUCAUGCUAGGUAUGGAUCUCCCUACCCUUGGCCUCUGAAUCAUAUUUUGGCCUAUCAGAAACAGUGGGAAGUCAAACGUAAGAUGAAAGCUAUUGGAUGGGGUAACAAGACUCUGGACCAGGUCUUAGAAGAUGUAGACCAGUGCUGUCAAGCUCUUUCUCAAAGACUGGGAACACAACCAUAUUUCUUCAAUAAGCAGCCUACUGAACUAGAUGCACUGGUAUUUGGCCAUCUGUACACUAUUCUUACUACACAAAUGACCAAUGAUGAACUUUCUGAGAAGGUGAAAAACUACAGCAACCUCCUUGCUUUCUGUAGAAGAAUUGAACAACACUAUUUUGGCAAAGGCAGCUCAUCUAUCAGAUUGUCUUAGAGUUAUGUGUCAAUUUAGUUAUUAUUAAAAAAUUUAAACUUUUGAAAUAUGUGUUACUUGAAUGAUGUAAUAGAUAAUAGUAUGAGAAUUCAAAGCCCAAAAUACUGCUUUUCAAAACCUCAGAACAGAUUAUGUAAUGUAUCAUAUACAUGUCCUUUAUACUAUUACUUGUGUAUACAUUAAAAUAAUUUUAAAUGAUUUCAUUUGAUAUGUUGUACCCCAUAUCUUUGAAAAUUUUGUUUUUUUGACACUUGUAUGCAUAUAAAAAUGAAGCUCAAGCAACUCUAUGGCUGGUGUAUUUAUUAAUACUUUCCAUCUUUCUGAAAGCUGUUCUUUGAGCUUUAUACGUGUAAUAAACAGUGUCUUUUCUAAGGCAGUAAUUUGUGUUCCAUACUCCCAAGAUUACUAGAUACAUGAUGAACCUGGUCAUGGGAAAUACGUUCUUAACAGUGUACUUAGAAAAUGCAAAUGAUUACAAAGCAUUUAAGUCCUGGAACAGAUUUAAGAACAUUUUUCUUAUGUCAACUUUAUUGAACUUAAAAACAUUUUUUCACAGGAGCUAUGCUUUACAUUUGAUAAAAAGAUAGUUUUAAGAACUUAACUUUUUUUAAACUUCUUUUGGAAUAGAAUAUUUUAAUAUUGCUGUUUUAUUCCUUUUGUGGGGAAGUUGAGGCUUUCAUGCAGGCUUAGACGGUAAAGAGUCUACCUGCAAUGCAGGAGACCCAGAUUUGAUCCCUGGGUCAGGAAGAUCCCCUGCAGUAGGAGUGGCAACCCACUUCUUUAUUCUUGUCUGGAGAAUUCCAUGAACAGAGGGGCCUGGUGGCUACAGUCCAUGUGGUCGGAAACAGUUGGACACAACUGAGAGACUAACACUUUCUUUACACUUUUGUUUUCUGAGGAUAGUUUUCACAGAAGUAUUUAUUUAUACCUAGACACUAGAGUUAUAUGCUGUAUUUCUUUCAGUUUUUUAAAUAUUUUAUGUAAAACCAGGGAUGCUAUAAGAGUCAGAUGUAAAAAUCAUUUCAUAAAAUUGUCUAGAAUAGUAGUACUUUUAUGUUUGUUUAUGUACCAGACAUUUUAACUCAUUUAAUCCUUACAAAAACCAUGAAGGUUGUUAUCCCCAGUUCACACAAGAGGAAAUGGAGACACAAAAAGUUAGUAAGUG